GGGGGGGGGCGCUCGGGCGGGGUUCCAGCCUGGAAGGUGUGCGCGAGGCUGGUCCCAGAGUGGGAGACGUGAACUGCAGGUAAUGCAUGCCCAUGGUACAAAAAUUCACAGGUUUGUAGACAAGAAAAGACGUGGGGUUCCUUCUUCUCUUUAUCUGUGGCCUCCCAGGGACUCUCGGGUGGAGUGUGGCAAACCCCAUCCCCCCGCCAUGUACUCCCCCCACCUCGGCCAGGUUGGCGGGACCGUAUCUGGGGGCCCCGGCCCCCCUUCUCGCUGCGGUGAGCCCAGAAUGACGCGCGCACUGCGCAGACUCCCCGCUGCAGUGGGCGGAGUCCCCUCAGGCCCCGCCCCUCCCUCCUCCAGCCCCUGUUCUGCCUGUCGGGGCAGAAGCUGGGGCCCCGCAGAGGUAGCAGCAGCCGCCUGCCGAGUAAGGCCGAGGCCCCUAAGGGUUUGGAGACCCUGACACACCCACCUUCCCUCCUGGGCUCUGCGUACCCCCCAGCUGCCAGGCAAGAUGAAGCCUAAACUGAUGUACCAGGAGCUGAAGGUGCCUGCUGAGGAGCCCUCCAACGAGCUGCCCAUGAAUGAGAUUGAGGCAUGGAAGGCUGCAGAGAAGAAAGCCCGCUGGGUCCUGUUGGUCCUCAUCCUGGCAGUUGUGGGCUUCGGUGCCCUGAUGACUCAGCUGUUUCUAUGGGAAUACGGCGACUUACAUCUCUUUGGCCCCAACCAGCGCCCAGCCCCCUGCUAUGACCCCUGCGAAGCAGUGCUGGUGGAGAGCAUUCCUGAGGGCCUGGACUUCCCCAAUGCCUCCACGGGCAACCCCUCCACCAGCCAGGCCUGGCUGGGGCUGCUCGCCAGUGCCCACAGCAGCCUGGACAUCGCCUCAUUCUACUGGACCCUCACCAACAAUGACACCCACACGCAGGAGCCCUCUGCCCAGCAGGGUGAGGAGGUCCUCCGGCAGCUCCAGAGCCUGGCACCAAGAGGCGUGAAGGUCCGCAUCGCCGUGAGCAAGCCCAGCGGGCCCCAGCCACAGGCGGACCUGCAGGCCCUGCUGCAGAGCGGUGCCCAGGUCCGCAUGGUGGACAUGCAGAAGCUGACCCAUGGUGUCCUGCACACCAAGUUCUGGGUGGUGGACCAGACCCACUUCUACCUGGGCAGUGCCAACAUGGACUGGCGCUCACUGACCCAGGUCAAGGAGCUGGGUGUGGUCAUGUACAACUGCAGCUGCCUGGCUCGAGACCUGACUAAGAUCUUUGAGGCCUACUGGUUCCUGGGCCAGGCAGGUAGCUCCAUCCCAUCAACCUGGCCCCGGCCCUAUGACACCCGCUACAAUCAAGAGACACCAAUGGAGAUCUGCCUCAAUGGAACCCCUGCUCUCGCCUACCUGGCGAGUGCACCCCCACCCCUGUGUCCAAGUGGCCGCACCCAAGACCUGAAGGCUCUACUCAACGUGGUGGACAACGCCCGGAGUUUCAUCUACAUCGCAGUCAUGAACUACCUGCCCACUAUGGAGUUCUCCCACCCGCGCAGGUUCUGGCCGGCCAUUGACGACGGGCUGCGACGGGCCGCCUACGAGCGGGGCGUCAAGGUGCGCCUGCUCAUCAGCUGCUGGGGACACUCGGAGCCAUCCAUGCGUGCCUUCCUGCUCUCCCUGGCUUCCCUGCGGGACAACCAUACCCACUCUGACAUCCAGGUGAAACUCUUCGUGGUCCCUGCGGAUGAGGCCCAGGCUCGGAUCCCGUAUGCCCGUGUCAACCACAACAAGUACAUGGUGACCGAACGCGCGACCUACAUUGGAACCUCCAACUGGUCUGGCAACUACUUCACGGAGACAGCGGGCACCUCGCUGCUGGUGACACAGAACGGGCGCGGCGGCCUGCGCAGCCAGCUGGAGGCUGUGUUCCUGAGGGACUGGGGCUCCCCUUACAGCCAUGACCUUGACACCUCGGCCGACAGCGUGGGCAACGCCUGUCGCCUGCUCUGAGGCCCGGUCCAGCGGACAGGCCGAGGCCUGCCGGGCCCCAUGGACCCAAAUGCUCUGGGUCCCGGUCCCUGUCCCCGUGCCCCCGCUUCUGUCUGCCCCUUUGUGGCUCCACAGGCUCUCCCCUGCUCUCCCGCCUCUACCUCUGCCCCCACCGGCCUGACGCUGUGGCCCCGGGCCCAGCAGAGCUGGGGGAGGGAUCAGCCCCCGAAGAAGUGGGGGGUGCAUGUUGGGCCCGGCCCCCUGGCCCACCCCCCUUUCCAAGGGCAAAGAGGGCCCAAGGUUAUGAUAAGUAAAUAACUUGUCUGUA